UUUUUUUUUAAAAAAAAAAAAAAAACCAAAACCACCCUUCCCACCACAGCCAGCCCCCUCCCCUACCAGCGGCCAACCAAUUCCCUCGGCGUCAGCGACCUUCAAUGCCGCCGGAAUUAUCGCCACCUACACCUUAACCUUCACCACCACUACUUCCACCCACUGCACCACCACCUAUGUACACCACCAGCAACAGCCACCACAGAAACCACCAUACCAACAACCAAAAUCACCGAAAUCGCCAUACCUACCAACCAAACCACAAUACCAACCCACCAAAAACACCGAAAACACCCAUACCAACCCACCGAAAACAUCCAUACCAACCCACCGAAGACAGAAAAACACCAUACCAACCACCAACCAACCCACCAAAACCAUCCAAAAACCCAUACCCGAAACCUGCCAUCUCAAUCCUCUCACCACCACCACCAAGAUCCGAAUUCCACUCCACCCAACUCGCGUCCACACCGCGAAGCUACCCCACACCCCCCCACCCCUUUUUUUUGGGUUUAUUCAUCUCUUUUAUUGCUGUUAAUUUAUGUCAUAUCAUAUAUUUUCAUUGGCCUUACUAAUGAAAAAUCAUGUCCAAUCAAAAUGGCUGGUGUCCUUGAAUUCCAAUAAUCCCACCACUACUUUUCUGGCAUGGAUUUCCCAGUCCACUUUUGUCCCCACUAUCAAUAUCUGUAGAAAAGUCUGGUACACAACUACACACCCUAACAAUUUAGUGGAUGAAAACAAUUUUGUUUAGGGUGUUAUAGACUCUGUCGGUCUGUUUUUCUGUUUUUCAUUGAUAAUGGCAGGAGGAAUAACUAUAACAAGUGAUCCUAAUGUGCAGUUCAAUGGAAAAAUAACCUGUUUUGUUAUCUUUUCCUGCAUAAUUGCUGCUCUUGGAGGAGCCAUUUUUGGCUAUGACAUUGGUGUAUCAGGUGGAGUUACAUCAAUGGAUCCAUUUCUGAAAAAAUUCUUCCCACAUGUAUACAUUAAGAUGAAAGAAGACACAAAAAUCAGCAACUACUGUAAAUUUGAUAGUGAGCUGUUAACUUCAUUCACCUCAUCUUUAUACUUUGCUGGCCUUUUUGCUUCAUUGUUUGCCUCGUCGAUGACCAAAGCCUUUGGACGUAAGCUAUCAAUCCUGGUUGGAGGUAUAGCAGUAAUUGCUGGUUCCUUUCUAAGUGGCGGAGCUCUUAAUGUUUACAUGCUCAUAUUAGGCCGCGUCCUACUUGGAAUUGGUGUUGGCUUUGCAAACCAGGUAAUUCCAAUGUAUCUGGUAGAGAUAGCACCAAGUAAAUACAGGGGAGCAUUCAACAACGGUUUCCACUUUAGUCUUUCCGUUGGCAUACUCUUAGCAUCCUUGGUCAACUAUGGGACUGCAAAGAUAAAAGGCGGCUGGGGAUGGAGAGUCUCAAUAGCUGUGACAGCACUGCCAGCGUUUGUUGUAACUUUGGGCUCAUUUUUCCUCGCUGAAACCCCAAACAGCUUGAUCCAAAGGGAUCACCAAAAGGCAAAGCUUAUCUUACAAAGAAUAAGGGGUACAACUGAUGUCCAAGAAGAAUUCAAUGAGCUCAUAGAGGCAUCAUCAACCUCGAAAUCCAUUAACCACCCCCUCAAUGAUUUACUCUUCCGGCAGAAAUACAGACCUCAGCUCGUGAUGGCAAUAGCAAUACCGUUCUUCCAACAAAUGACGGGAAUCAAUUUGGUGGGAUUCUAUGCUCCUGUACUCUUUCGCACCAUUGGGUUUGGUGAGUCUGCAUCCCUUCUCUCAUCAGUGGUAAUUGGGGUUGUACAGAUUGCUGCAGAUGUUUUCUCAAUAAUAACAGUUGACAAAUUUGGGAGAAGAAGUUUAUUUUUCUGGGGUGGUGUAGCAAUGUUAGUUCCAUUUAUAGUUGUGGGAAGUAUACUCUCAGCAAAGCUAGGAGAUUAUGGCAGUUUAAGUUCAGGAUAUUCCUACAUAGUUUUGAUCCUUUUGUGCAUUUACAGUGCUGGUUUUAGUUUCUCUUGGGGUCCUCUAGGAUGGUUGGUGCCAAGUGAAAUAUUUCAACUCGAGAUACGUUCUGCUUCUCAAGGUAUAACUGUGUCUCUCAGCUUUAUAUUCACCUUUCUUGUUGCACAAACACUUUUGUCUAUAUUAUGCCACUUGAAGGCUGGAACUUUCUUCUUCUUCGGGGGGUGGAUUGUGUUGAUGACUGCUUUUAUACACUUGUUCUUGCCCGAGACUAAGAAUGUGCCCCUUGAGAAGAUUGAUCUGUUAUGGAAGGAGCAUCGAUUUUGGAGUAGGGUCAUCGGUGAGACUGGCAAGGAGAAUGCAGAUAAUAAUGUCAGUACUCAGUAGCUGAAUGAGAGGAGGAGUACUGUUAUAGUGCAGACUAUGUAAGUAGCUGAAUGUAAUGCCUGUUAUAUGUGUCUUCAGCAUCCUAUAUAUAUAGCCUUUAAAAAAAGACCAAUACAUAAUAAUGUUCGACGAUUUCACCUAUACUACAGAAUUUGGCAGAGCAAAAGAACUUUUUGGCCGAAUCAAGCCAUGUACAACAGCCUCACAAUUCAGGCUCGAAAAUUCCUAAGGAACAGGCCUAAGCAAAAGACUUAAUUAGUUGAGCCCGAGUUUGUUACAUUGCAAUCAAAGAACAAUGUAAUAUUUUGUUAGACUGAUGUAAUGGUUAAUUUUCAUUUAUGUUUAGUAACAGGCUAACAGUUGUUUA